AUGUACCUCCGAUACGUCAUCCUCGCUGCCCUCCUGGGGAAUUCGCUGGAUGCCAUGGGCCAGACCACUGUGACUCAAAAAGAAGGAGAGGGCACUUUCCAGACCACCUGCACCUAUCAGAUCUCUGGCUUUGGAACCUUGUUCUGGUACCAGCAGAGGAGAGGCCAAGCCCCACAGCUGGUCUCCUAUCAGGCAGGAGCUGGUCGCAAGGAGAGCGGCCGAUUCACCUGCACACUGCUAAACACCACAAAGAAAUACAGCCUCCUGCAGCUGGAGGAAGUCAAGGUCUCUGACACUGCCUUGUACCUCUGUGCUGUGCAAGAUGACUAUGAAAGCAGUUACAAACUGACAUUUGGAUCUGGUAGAAGACUUGCAGUAUUACCAGAUGUUACUCCAUCUCCUUCAGUCUAUAGGCUGACUUCUAAAGAUGAUGAGGAUUUGGAAAUGUGCCUUAUCACAGAUUACUCCCCUGAAAAGCUUACAUCUAAUGCGAUUGAAGGGAAGACAGAUGCUAUUGUGGAGGUGGUAACAUCUGAGAACAAACAGGAAGCAAGCUACUUGUCAACCUACUGGGCCAAGAAAAAUGAAAUGCAGUGUGGUGCAAAACAUGAGGGGUUUGGAGAGCUGGAAGGCGAGGAUCCUGAAAGUGGUGCCAGCCCUGUCUGUGUAACAGAGAUGUCUCAACACUUCAGAACAGAUGAGAAGCUGAACCUACUGUCAUUCUCACAACUGGGUCUGAAAAUAAUUUUAAUGAAAGGAAUAAUUUUUAAUGUACUGAUGACAAUGCUUAUGUGGAAAAAAAAAAAUCAAAGUAACCAGUCGGCACAGACUUGAAGCACAAAAAAAAAAAAAAAAUCUGCUGAGGUAGCUCUGCCGGAGCAUCAUAUGCCAGAAGGAUUAAGCAAAUUUUGUGGCAGCAGACAUCACUUGCUGUUUUUUUAUAUCAUGCCAGCCAUUAUAUGCUAAGUUGCUUUAUUUGCAUUAUUACAAAGCUACUCAAAAAUAAGCCUACAUUCUCAGAAGUCUACUCUCCUGCACACCUGAAUCAUUUAGCUUGGCAAUUUUUCAUGAAGCAUAGAUUGUUAUUAUAGAUUGUCAAAUAUCCCUGCUACUUGAACUAAAAUGACAUGUACAAUUUCUGCUUGGGGGAGUGUUUUUGAAAGCUGAAAGCUAAAUAUCUCUUGAGUGAAUAUUUCAUAUUUUGACAGCUUUCAUGUAUGCAUAUCUUAGCGUGGACAUUUCCUGCCAUGCUCUACCAUCCCCAUUUCAGUUGCAAAUGAAAAACUCUGAAAAACAAAGGAAGUCUCAUUCAAGGUGCUGUACCUUGUAUCUUGCUGUCUUUUGCUAGAUCAGAACAGGGUAUCUUUUCUUCCCUAAGAAAUUUGCUGCUAGAUCUCCCAGAAAUCCUGAACUUGGUGAAAUUCUUGCUUCAUUAUCACGGAAGAAAAUUUUUUUUAAGAAAAAAAAUCUGUUCUUCCUUAACAUUUGUUGCAUUUACACCAGCUUAAUAUUUGACUUUGUGUUUACCACAAAUAUAAACAACUUUUUGUUGUUGUUGUUUAGGUCUAAUAGCCUUAGAUUUCCUAAUAAAUUCCUUUUUUUUUAACCAUUAUAUAAAACGAUCCUGAAAUACUUACCUCUUUGUGUAUAUGCUCCUUAAAAAUGAUAUAUUCAAGUGAAAUUUGCAUGCUGCUAAGUCUUGAAUUAUAGUGCCAAUCACUCUGAUGCACUGACAUUUCCUCAAACCUUUGGCAGCUGUUAAACAAUUCUUAUCAAUAAUAAUAAACUUGCUUGUCUUUUGUA